AUGGGGGAUGUUGGGUGUCAAUUUGAGCAAAGUAAAUCUCUGUUCCACCAGGCUCAGAAUGCUUUGUUUGCUGAUCCUAGCAAUGCUUCUUUGGCCUCGGCUGAAAGAGAAACUUAUUUGGAGUAUAGAAGACAUGAGAAAUUUCUUGAGAGUUUUCUUAGACAAAAGAGUAAGAUUACUUGGCUUCGAUUUGGGGAUGACAAUACGGCUUAUUUUCAUGCUAGUUUGAAGAAAAGGAAGAUGUCUAAUCGCAUAGUUUCUUAUAUAUCAGCUGAUGGGUCUGUUGUUGAUGAUUAUAAGCAGGUAACUCACCAUUUCCUUCAUCAUUUUCAGAGCUUCUUGGGGUGUUCGGGUAGAGCUAAUGGUCACAUUGAUAUGCAAAGUAUCUCUUGUGGCCCGGUUUUAGAUAUGGCUUCCCAACUGGAUCUAAUUAAACCGUUCACUUUUCAUGAUGUUAAAAUUGCCCUCUCUAGCAUUCAUCCAUUUAAAAGUCUUGAUGGGUAUGGGGCUAGUUUUUUCAAGGUUAUGUGGAAAGAAAUAGGCAGGGAGGUUUCACUGGCUGUCCUUGAGUUUUUUGAGACGGGUUUUAUUCUUCAAAGCUUAAAUGACACUCUUUUGGUGCUGAUUCCGAAGGUGGACUAG